ACCCAGAAAAAUACAUUUCCCUGAGUUCAUGCUGCAGACGCGGCCAACGGGGAACUCUCGCGAUAUGAGUUGCGAUCUCGUUGACUCCUCGGAGGAGAAACGAGCCGAAGACCUCCUGGCAUCAGACGGACUCAGCUGACGCGGCGAAGGAAGAUCCGAGAAGGCGGGUGCAAACAUGCGGCAGAAGGGAGAGGAUUCUCUCCAGGUCUUGCACGUCAUCUUCUCACCACUGUCUUGUUUUAGCUGCCACCCGUCCGUCGCCACGGUGAAAGGGAACUGCCGCACUCUGUUGCCAUGGUGACCCCUAGCCCCAGCCCGUAACGGCAACCUGUUGCCUUGGUGACCCUGUAGUCAGACCUGGGUAACUGUCAUGGUGGCGCUGGAGAGACGGCUUGUUGCCAUGGCGAUCCAGUAGCUAGCAUCACCACUCCGGCUCUCCACGCAGUCGCCAUGGGAACGUCCAGGAUGUUUCGCGUGUUUGUGGCGUUGGGCUCCGUCUUCAUGAUCCUGCUCAUCAUCUUCUACUGGGAUGACGUCGGCGCCACCCACCUCUACCUGCACACCUCUGUCUCUCCGGGACCCAAAAUCCCUCACCCGGCACCGAAGCUGCGCCCUCACACCCCCCGGACACCCUCCUUCCUGUCUGACAUCGACGCCUUCGUAAAUCAGUUCUUAGAACCCGGGACUGGAGAGCCCACGGACCUGGUUCCUGUUGAGACGGGUAACCAGUCGGAGAAGGCAGAUGAGGUGUACGUGCCGCGGCGAGAGUGGAAGAUUCACCUGACGCCUGUGGCAGCAGAGCUGCGGGAGAGACAGGAGCGGCGGCGGCGACUCCUCCAGGAAAUGUGUUCCAACGACAGUGUCUCCUUCUCCGGCAAGAACCGCUCCUUUGACGACAUUCCCAACAAGGAGCUGGAUCACUUGAUCGUGGACGACCGGCAUGGAAUCAUCUACUGCUAUGUUCCGAAGGUGGCCUGCAGCAACUGGAAGCGGAUCAUGAUCGUCCUGAGCGAGAGCCUGCUGCACGACGGCGUCCCCCAGAGAGACCCGCAGGCCGUGCCCCGCGAACUGGUCCACAACAGCAGCAUGCACUUCACCUUCAGCAAGUUCUGGAAACGCUACGGCAAAUUUGCAAAACACUUGAUGAAGGUCAAGCUAAAGAAGUACACCAAGUUCAUCUUCGUGCGGGAUCCGUUCGUUCGUCUCAUCUCCGCCUACCGGGACAAAUUUCAGCAGCGCAAUGAGAACUUUUACCAGAAGUUCGCCCAGGUCAUACUCCGGCGCUUUGCCAACCAGCCCACCCCCCCGGCUACCGUGGACGAGGCCGUGGCGGCUGGGGUCCAGGUAUCCUUCUCCCACUUCGUCCGGUACCUGCUGGACCCUCAGACGGAGCAGGGGGCGCCCUUCAACGAGCACUGGCGGCAGGUGCACCGGCUCUGCCACCCCUGUCAGAUCCAGUACGACUUUGUGGGCCACCUGGAGACGGCGGAGGAGGACGCCCAGCACUUGCUGCGGCAGCUGCGAGUGGACAACGUGGUGGAGUUCCCCACGUCCAGCAGGAACCUGACCAACAGCAGCUGGGAGAGCGAGUGGUUCCGCAGCAUCGCUGUGGAGGAGCGGCGCCGGCUCUACCGGCUGUACGAGCCCGACUUCAAGCUGUUCGGAUACGAGCGGCCGGACUCUCUCCUGGACGAGUGAGCACCGGCAUGAUGCCGUCCUCGCAUCCUCACGCUCCUACAAGCACAGUCACAACUGGCCAGUUUUCCGAGCUCACCUUUGAACCUGAAGCACACGGCUCGCUCCAGGACCAGGGUUUCUGCUGGCCACUGAUCCAGUGCAGGACUUUUAUCUUGCUACUUCAAAACCCCUGUCUUUGCACAGCUGAGCUCAGUGGAGCGCUGGGAUGUAUGAAGAUGGCUGGGGUGGAGUCUGAGGCAAGACGGACUAGAGCGGUGAGAUGAGCUCUCUGCUGAGGGGGCCGUGAAGAAAAGCGUGACGGCAGCAUUGAAGCAGGUUACUGGACAUGAUGACUAACAUUCUCAGCUGGUGCAAUUUGGUCUCCCAUCUCCUCCAGUCAGGUUUCACUCAGUCAGACAUCCAUCGCCUGUUUUCAGAUACUUGGCCGCUUUUGCUGUAGAGGUGUAGGAGAGAUCCAUCCCUGUGUGGAGCAGUAUCACAGGUGCUGCUCCGCUCUGCAGAAAGAGCUGCGCCAGAAGCCCAAGCUCUGGAUGUACAGGUGCUGAGAACCGUGGCCCUCAAGGGUGCCAUCAUCAUCUCUGUUUAUGGUUGAAAUGUUUGAAAAAGUACCCUCAAAACCUUGUCACUUCCAAACCUGAUCGUCUCCAAAAGUGUCAGCGCUGUCCCAGAGAGGUCACGUCAGGGUUGGUCAUGGCAUUGAAACCAAACCGUUUCUAUUAGUCGGACUUCAAGUGUUUUUUUUUUUUUAUUGAACAGAAGUGAGUGAAGUAGUCACGCAUCUGUGUGCCCUCUUACAGCAGCAUCUUCUGUGACAGGGUUCUGUUGAGCUCAAAUCUCUGCUCACUUUCAAGCCUCCUGCCAUGCUCUGUCGCCCCCUGCCAGCGAGAUCUGUGUCUGCCGUCUGGAACCUCCCUCCUCUACGCAGCCGGAUUUCUCACCCCUGAUGUGGGGUCUCUCAUCAAACCCUGCUCACCCUGCAAUGACCAAUGUUCUGGGAGGAAAUGAGCACCUAGCUAAUGUGGUGUAAUCUGGGAUUUCAAUCUGCAGACAUUUGUGAGGUGAUAAAUAUACGCUCGCGUGGACACGGUGGCAUCAGAGUCUGUGAGAAAUUAAUAGUUCCACAACUUUGGGUUCAUCCCAUAUGUUCACCUAUCCCCCUCCGCAUACGAUGCCAGACAUGUGUCCCCAUGAAGCACAGCUGAACUCCGACCUGUGUUUCAGUAGGAUCACUUUCACAUCACCAGUGGAAGGUCUUGGUGGAGCGGCUGCAAUCGUGCCUUUGACUGUCAACGUUUACACAGCGAAAGGAGUCUUUUUCUAGAUGGACUGGUUUCUACUGCUGCAGCAGGGCAAGUGUGUUUGUGAUUCGUUUGGUUGGACUUGUGCAAAAUCAUCCAUCUGAGAUUCUCCUCCAUCCAUCCUCUUUGGUUUCUCUGAAGAACUUUAUGACCAGAGGUUCACCACCAGUCAGGUGUCCAUCUUUCUUCUGUGUGGUUUUUCAUGUUGCUUUGUUUAUAUCCCUCUUCCUUGGAAAGUCUUGAAAUGGAAAUAUUUUAUAUGACAAAAUGUUUAUUUAUUGGCAAAUAAAAAAAACA